UAUGAUCGAGCAGUGAAGUGAAAUAACGAGUUCCAUUCCCGAAUCGGAUGUACUGAAUUAAACACAGAAAAGAAAGAUCGAUACCGGCAGCUACUGGGUGGCGGCUAUAUCCAUAGAGGAAGAGGCAUCAGAAGCUACAGGGGCCAACAAAUCAAGAAAGCAGCAGCUAUAUAACUAGCUAGCGAGUUCAGAAGAGGGGGCCGCACUCUCUGAAGGGGAGGAUCUAGGGAAGAAGGAGGCAUGGCCUGGCCUGAAGACUAAUUACCUUCAAUUCAUUUUACGCCAGCUAGCAGAGAUCGAUCCCUCCGUCCAUGGCUUCCAAAGGCGUAGGAGUAGGAGGAGGAGGAGGUGUGGAGAGGGGGAGGGGGAGGGGUUACCAGCAGCAGCUGCCACGCGACUCCCGGGGAUCCCUGGAGGUCUUCAACCCCUCCUUCCUCCCCACUCCCACCUACACUCUGCGCAAGGACGACGACAAUGCAGCGCAGCGUGCGGUGGAGUGGGGCCUUGUCCUCCACACCGACCACCACACGGGCCGCCCACAGGGUGUCUCCGCCCGCCCCUCCUCUGGCUCCGGCUCCGGCUCUGCCCGCACCAGCUCCGAGGAGACACAGUCCCAUUCCCAGAGCGUCGCCGCCAUCCCCCGCGUCUCGGAGGAGCUGCGCGCCGCGCUGUCCGCGUUCCAGCAGACGUUCGUGGUCUCUGACGCCACCCGCCCCGACCACCCCAUCAUGUACGCCAGCGCCGGAUUCUUCAACAUGACCGGCUACACCGCUAAGGAGGUCGUCGGGAGGAACUGCCGCUUCCUUCAAGGCUCUGCCACCGACCCUCAUGAGAUUCAAAACAUCAGACAAGCCCUCGCCGCUGGCUCCAACUACUGCGGCCGCAUCCUCAACUACAAGAAGGAUGGCACGCCCUUCUGGAACCUCUUAACCAUCUCCCCCAUCAAGGAUGAGGAUGGCAGGCUCCUCAAGUUCAUCGGGAUGCAAGUUGAGGUCAGUAAAUACACCGAAGGGAAUAAGGAUGCGGUCGUUCGUCCAAAUGGACUGCCAGAAUCACUCAUCAAAUAUGAUGCUAGACAGAAGGAUCUUGCCCGUAGCUCAGUCUCUGAGCUUGUGUUGGCACUCAAGAAUCCACGCUCAUUGUCAGAAUCAAGCAAUAGCACCUUAAAGAGAAUAUCACAAGAAUCAAUAGAAAUGUCGAUGAACCAAGUGCCUGGCAAGAGAAGCUCUGAAAGUGGUUCUCGCCGGAAUUCUCGUAGCGGAACAAGGAGCUCGCUUCAGAAGAUCAGUGAAGUACCUGAACAAGGGAAUAAAACCAGAAAAUCUGGUCUGCACUCAUUUAUGGGUUUUCUUGGUAUGGGCCAUGGAAGUGUAGAGAAGAACAUGCUGAAACCAAGAGAUGACGAUCCGCUGAUUGAUAGUGAUGAUGAAAGACCUGAGAGCUUUGAAGACGAGUUUAGGAGGAAAGAAAUGAGGAGGGGUAUAGACUUGGCUACUACACUUGAACGUAUCGAGAAGAAUUUUGUCAUCACUGAUCCAAGAUUGCCUGAUAAUCCCAUUAUAUUUGCAUCUGAUAGCUUUCUACAAUUGACAGAAUACAGUCGUGAAGAAAUAUUAGGAAGAAACUGCAGGUUUCUCCAAGGUCCUGAAACUGACCGUGUGACAGUUGGGAAAAUAAGAGAUGCCAUUGAUAACCAUGCAGAGGUCACGGUUCAGUUGAUAAAUUAUACAAAGAGUGGUAAAAAGUUUUGGAAUCUCUUUCACUUACAACCAAUGCGUGAUCAAAAGGGUGACGUUCAAUACUUUAUUGGGGUUCAGUUGGAUGGAACUGAGCGUGUUCGGGAUGAUGCUGCAAAAGAGGGAACCAUGCUGAUUAAGAAAACUGCAGAUAAUAUUGAUGAGGCUGCAAAAGAACUCCCAGAUGCUAAUUUGAGACCAGAAGAUCUAUGGGCUAACCACUCAAAAGUAGUCCUGCCAAAGCCACAUAUGAAGGAUACUGCAUCAUGGAGAGCCAUCCAAAAAGUUCUUGAGAGUGGUGAAAGUAUUGAUUUAAAACAUUUUAGGCCAGUAAAACCUUUAGGAUCUGGUGACACUGGAAGUGUGCACUUGGUAGAGUUGCUAAAUACAGGCAAAUACUUUGCCAUGAAAGCUAUGGAUAAAAGCAUCAUGCUUAAUCGCAAUAAGGUCCACAGAGCUACUGCUGAACGCCAAAUCCUUGAUCUGCUGGACCACCCAUUCCUUCCAACAUUAUAUGCAUCAUUUCAGACAAAGACACAUAUAUGCCUCAUUACUGACUACUGCCCAGGUGGUGAGCUCUUUGUGCUUCUAGACAGGCAACCUCUGAAGGUUCUACACGAAGAUGCAGUCAGGUUCUAUGCUGCUGAAGUGGUCGUUGCGCUAGAAUACCUGCACUGCCAAGGUAUAAUAUACCGAGACUUAAAACCAGAGAAUAUCUUACUUCAUCGAGACGGGCACAUCUCCCUCACAGACUUUGAUCUGUCUUGCCUGACAUCUUGCAGACCGCAGAUGUUUCUUCCAGAAGAUGCUGAUGAGAAAAAGAGGAGGAAAGGCAGGGGUUACCCCAUAUUUUUUGCUGAACCUAUGCGAGCAUCCAAUUCAUUUGUUGGCACGGAGGAGUACAUUGCGCCUGAGAUCAUUACAGGAGCUAGCCAUACUAGCGCUGUUGAUUGGUGGGCUCUAGGAAUUCUUCUGUAUGAAAUGUUGUAUGGUUACACACCUUUUAGAGGGAAAACGAGACAGAGAACGUUUGCGAAUAUCCUGCACAAGGAUAUAAGAUUUCCUGCGAGUAUAACGGUGAGCCUGGCGGGGAGGCAGCUGAUAUACAGACUACUGCAUAGGGACCCUACCAACAGGCUGGGGUCCUACGAAGGAGCCAACGAGAUUAAAGGGCAUCCCUUCUUCCGCGCCAUCAACUGGCCUCUUAUCCGAGCCACGCCUCCUCCAAAACUGGAGGCCCCACUCUUCUGGGACGACUCCAUGUCCAUGGAGGAGAAGAAGGGACUAGCCACUGAUAACCACACUGAUAUGUUCUAA